AAGCACGCAGCAAAGGGAACGCGCCGGCUCGCAAACCUCCCCGCGGCGCUGCAGAAAUCUGCGCCAAAGGGAACGUGACCGCCAGCACCGCGUCCCACGUCCAGCCUGGCACCAGCGUCACCCUCUCCUGCCACCCGCAGCCCCUGCCCCACGCCGGGCGGUGCAGGGCUGCCGUCUUCAUUAACGGCUCUGUCGUUAGUAACUACGGCAGCUCAGUGAGCACCGAGUUCCGAGUCCCUACGUAUGGCAGACAUACGUUUACGUGCAAAAGAGUUUGUGAAUACAAGAAAAAACUCAUUUGUGGGAUCGAUAUAAAAUCUGGAAAUCCUCCAGACGAGCCAAGAAACGUAUUGUGUAUCCAGCACGGGAUGGACGGGCAUCCCACCUGCACCUGGGACAAAGGCAGGCCCACCUACAUCAACACUACCUACGUGAUACAGCUAUCAAAUGGAACGAAUGUCUUACAUGUUUCAGAAGAAAGUCUGAGUCAGGAGUCUGGCUCGCUGGCUCUGAGCAAGCUGAAUUUUGACUCUACUUACACCCUUGUGGUUGCUGCCUCCAAUGAGCUCGGAAGCGCUUCUUCACAGCCGCUGGUGUUCACGUUAAUCGACAUUGUGAAACCACAUCCUCCCGACUUUUCAGUGGAAUUUGAAAAUUCUUCUGCCACCAGCUGCACCCUGGUUUGGCAGGACGAAGCCCCAGCGCGGCGCUGCAGGCUGAGACACCGUCCCCUCCCCGGGCACUCCUGGAGCAUGGUUGAAAGCUUGACAGGUGGGAAACACCGUCUUGAUGGUCUGGAGCCCCACACGACCUACGAGUUCCAGCUCAGCUGCAGAACCCACCCUGAGCGAGGGCUGUGGAGCGACUGGCGCACGCACCGAACCCGGACCCCCGAGGCAGCACCCACCGGCCGCCUGGACCUCUGGUACCAGCAGCAGGAUGUGGACGCCCAGCGGCAGAACAUCUCGCUAUUCUGGAAGGCUCUGGGCAAGGCGGAGGCGCGA